GGUGGUCUGGAGCCUGGCUCCCCACUUUUCCCCCACCCCGAGGCAGCGAGGACGUUUGCCUGAAGCAUGCUGUCUCCCGUCUCAGAGGAACCGCUGCUGCUGGCCGAGCUCAAGCCGGGGCGCCCUCACCAGUUUGAUUGGAAGUCGAGCUGUGAGACCUGGAGCGUCGCCUUCUCCCCGGACGGUUCCUGGUUCGCUUGGUCUCAAGGACACUGCAUCGUCAAGCUGAUCCCCUGGCCGCUGGAGGAGCAGUUCAUCCCUAAAGGGUUUGAAGCCAAAAGCCGAAGCAGCAAAAAUGAUACAAAAGGGCGAGGCAGCCCAAAGGAGAAGACUCUGGAUUGUGGGCAGAUUGUCUGGGGUUUGGCCUUUAGCCCGUGGCCUUCUCCACCCAGCAGGAAGCUCUGGGCACGCCACCAUGCCCAAGUGCCAGACAUCUCUUGCCUGAUCCUUGCUACGGGACUCAAUGACGGGCAGAUCAAGAUUUGGGAGGUGCAGACAGGGCUCCUGCUUCUGAAUCUUUCCGGCCACCAAGAUGUCGUGAGAGAUCUGAGCUUCACACCCAGUGGCAGUUUGAUUUUGGUCUCGGCAUCUCGGGAUAAGACACUUCGCAUCUGGGACCUGAACAAACAUGGUAAACAGAUCCAGGUGCUCUCGGGCCACCUGCAGUGGGUUUACUGCUGCUCCAUCUCGCCCGACUGCAGCAUGCUGUGCUCCGCCGCUGGAGAGAAGUCGGUGUUCCUGUGGAGCAUGCGGUCCUACACGUUAAUCCGGAAGCUAGAGGGCCACCAAAGCAGUGUUGUCUCUUGUGACUUCUCCCCCGACUCCGCCUUGCUUGUCACGGCCUCUUACGACACCAACGUGAUCAUGUGGGACCCCUAUACUGGAGAGAGGCUGAGGUUACUCCACCACACCCAACUUGACCUCCCCAUGGACGACAGUGAUGUGCACAUUAGCUCCCUGAGAUCUGUGUGCUUCUCUCCUGAAGGCUUGUACCUUGCCACGGUGGCAGAUGACAGACUCCUCAGGAUCUGGGCCCUGGAACUGAAAACUCCCAUUGCGUUUGCUCCUAUGACCAAUGGUCUUUGCUGCACAUUUUUUCCACAUGGUGGAGUUAUUGCCACAGGGACAAGGGAUGGCCACGUCCAGUUCUGGACAGCUCCUCGGGUCCUGUCCUCACUGAAGCACUUAUGCCGGAAAGCCCUUCGAAGUUUCCUGACCACCUACCAAGUGCUAGCACUGCCAAUCCCCAAGAAAAUGAAAGAGUUCCUCACAUACAGGACUUUUUAAGCCACGCGCCAUAGUCUUGUUUGCUUGUAGCAGGAACAAACUUCCUGGCAGAGGAGUAGCUGGGAACAAUGGGCCAAACAGCUGGUCUUGGAUUGAAAUAGAAUUUCUCUUUGAGACAGUGAACAGAGUGUAGCAAAAGCAGAUGCCGGCGGACUGGUCAUCCAGGUGUUUCUGCGUGACCUGUGGCAGUCAGUCUUAGAGGGGCUCGCAGCUCCGUGGUGGCAGAGCCUUACCUGAAAUCCUCAGCCCACUAAGAAACGGCAACGUUGAACACUUUCUAAAGUCCUUCCAAUUCAGAGCGCAGUGACUAAUGUUGAUUUGAUAAGCAGAGUAACCAGGCCUCGAGAGCCUCUCUGCUGGGGCAGGUUAUUCCCUCGACCGGCGAGUGGGCAAGUGUUGGCUUGUGCCUAGUACUGGUCAUUGUCGUGUUUCAGAUGCAGUGGUGACAUUGUUUAAAAAGUUCUCUCCUGCUGUAUCAGAGUGGCUUUGCUGUUGGCAAGUGCUUGCCUUCCGCGAGCUCCCCUCUGACCAGCAGGACCGAGUUUUCAUGGAGCCGUCUGCUGGGAGGUCGGAGCUAGAUUACAGGGCACUCAGAGGUGUGCUCCUGACUGAUACACUAGAAACGGCUUUUUUUUUUUUUAAUCGGUGUGCAUGUGCCGGAGAUGACAAACGUGUGUGUCUGGGUACACGGGGAUGUAUUCCUCAACUGCAUGACUGUCCAAACGGCGGCUGACUUGUCAGCGGUUUGCUGUUUGCAGCCUAUUUAUUUGUAUUUUCUCAACAGAUGUUAAGGUACAACUGUGUUUUCCUCCCUGGUAUCUAAAAACUAUAGUUCUUAAGUUGAACAGUUGUGAAGAUGUCUCUUCUUCGUUGUUUAGGGAAUUGGUGUUGUCUCCGCUUUGGCUGAUUGUCAUAUACAAGGUCUGACUUCGCUGCUUUGCCUCAUCGGACGAACCAGCCCGGUUCACCUCUACCCCUUACCAAAACUAGCUCCUUGAAAGUACUGUUCUCCUUCAGUGGCGUGUAGUUCUCUGAUCAAGACACCUCAUUCCAAUGAAAUCUGCCUUUGGAAAAUUUAAUAUAUUUUAAAUUAUUUUAAAAGAAAUGCAACAUCUUAUCCUUUGGCUUUCUUACUAGGUGCUUUGUGGAGGCCAGUGUUAACGUGAUAAAACUUGUUGCAAAAGUACAAGAGUCUCCUCUACCACCUUUGUUGCUGAAGAAAAACAUUUCUUUUCAAGAUGAGAGGCUUUCAUUGAAGGAAAAGUUAAAAAG